CGGCGCCUGCCGGAACCGGAAGCGGCCGCGGGAGCGUCAGCGCCGGGCCGAGGGGCGGUGGCCGAGCUGCUCCCGACGCUGGCGGCUCGGGCCGGCGCGGCCGCGCGGCGCCAUGAAGCUCUACUGCCUGAGCGUGCUGUACAAGGGCGAGGACAAGGCGGUGCUGCUGAAGAGCGCGCACGACGUGUCCUCCUUCAGCUUCUUCCAGCGGUCCAGCAUCGCGGAGUUCAUGACCUUCACAAGCCAGCUGAUCGUGGAGCGCUCCAAGAAAGGCAGUAGAGCUUCAGUCCGGCAAGAAGGAUACUUAUGCCAUGUCUACGUGCGACCCGACAGCCUUGCCGGAGUGGCCAUAGCCGACAGCGAAUACCCCUCCCGAGUGGCUUUCACCCUGCUGGAGAAGGUCCUGGACGAGUUCUCCCAGCAGAUCGACAGGAUAGAUUGGCCAAUAGGAUCCCCUAGCACCAUUAACUAUACAGCCCUGGAGAGUUACCUUAGCAAGUACCAGAACCCCCGAGAAGCCGACCCCAUGACUAAAGUGCAGGCGGAAUUAGACGAGACCAAAAUCAUUCUGCACAAUACCAUGGAGUCUCUGCUGGAGCGCGGUGAGAAGCUCGAUGACCUGGUGUCCAAGUCUGAAGUGCUGGGAAUCCAGUCUAAAGCCUUCUACAAGACAGCCCGGAAACAGAACUCCUGCUGUGCCAUCAUGUGACAGCCACCAGUGGAGGUCCCUGCCUGAACGUCACCGCCACAUGCAUCAGGACUGCAGCCCCCAGAAUCUCUAGAGAGCCGGUCAGGGGGCCCAAGUGGGACAGAUGACGGUUCUCACUUUAGCGCUUCAGGAGGAACUGGGGGUAUUGGAAGGGAUCUGGGGGUGGGGGACAUCGGAAUUCAUAUGUCUGGCAACUUUGGAAAGAUACUUGGGACCCCAAACGGUGUGCCUUUGGGGCCAAAUGAAACCAUAAAUUUUUCACUCAUGUAGAUACUGAACAGCUUGUUCUCCGCUUUCCCUGCGAGGCCCGAGUGCCGCCCACGCGGGCACAGCCAGGAAGGCAGAAGCAGCUCUUUGCGGUGCCCCGUCUGUCCAUUCACCGUACUGACACUCCAGCCCAGGGGGCCCCGUUGUGUCUUGGGGUUCCUGUGUACAUUUUCUGUGUCAACACUCAGUAGAGCAGAGGGGCUGGCGCACUUGACAGCAGGUCUGCUGGGAGUCUGCCCUUGGUCUGCCCUGGCCUUAGGGCCGACCCCAGCAGUGCUAGGCUAUGUCCUUAUGAGCAGCUCCCCUUUCCUCAGGCAGCAGGGCUCUAGGCUGACUGCCUGAACCUACAAAUGGCCUCUCCGGGGUCCUGGGCACUCAGUGAUGCCUGGGUAGCCCUGAGCGCUCAGCCCCGGGUCCUCCUCUGUCGUGCCCAGCCUCCCCAGGUGCCCUCUGAUCUGCUGAGCAUCUUGAGGACUCAGACUCGGCCUCCAGAGGCCCUGGGGAGUGGCUCUGCCAGUGUGGGCUUAUCCCUGGGGAGAGGUGCUGCCAGGGGCCCAGUCAAGCCCCUACCUGGGCCGGAAGUUGGGCUCUGCAUGACUUGGAGGACCCGUCCGCCCAACAGACUCACCUUCUUGCUGCCUUUUCUCUGGGCACUGAGCUGACCAAAGGACUUGGGCCAACCCCUAGAGUCGCCUGCCCACGUGAUUUUCUACUGCCAGACCCUCGGGAGGCACAGCCUUGGCCUCACGAGCACCUCACAGGGCUGGGGGAGGGGGUACAUGGGCAUGACCCUCGGGGAGCAGGUACAGGAGUGGGUCCUGCCCCUGGCACAGCAGGCAACCAUUGGCAAAGAAUGUCAUCUUAAUAACUGUGGCCUAAUUGCUAUGUUGAAGAGGUUCCGAUUGGGAUAAAAUUGUCUUUUGAAAUUCCAAAA